ACUUCCGGAUAUGCUUCAAAACGUGUUCAAUAGACUCCUUGGAGUUUUGGCCACACCAUCACAAAGCUGCAAACUUCCAUGUCUACGGUUUCAGCACUUUACAAAGUCACAUCAAAAUUCUACAAAGGCAACUAUUCACUUCGCAUCUUAAAAUAACCUACCAGAAACAGAACGUCGUUCUUUUGGUCUUCGACGAUAAGAGAGCCUCCUUAGAGAGAUGUCGGGUCAGUUGGUUCCGGUAGCCGUGACGUUGAAGCCGGCAAUCCCUUUUCACGGCUGCCGGAGAGCUUUCUCCGUGGUGUCCCGGAAACUGAAUACUCCAUCUUCAUCGAAGUUGCAACUACCAAAUAUCCCAUCCUCCCAAACUCGACCUCUGCUUUCUUCUUCUUCUUCCUCUGUAACUGCUCCGUCCGUCCAAGUCGUCAAAGCUCUGCGGAUUCGACCCAGUCCCGAAUUGGGCCUUGCCUCUCUCCUCUUCGUCCUCUCCACGGCUUUUGCUGCGCUUUUCUCCCUUGCUAUAUUUUCCAUUCCAACUAUCAACGCUUUGAGAAAACUGGCAACUUCAGUGGAGAAGCUAUCCCAUGUGGUCUCCGAGGAGGUACCUGGAACUCUGCUUUCUCUGAAACUCUCUGGCCUUGAGGUCAAUGAUUUAACCAAACAGCUUACCGGUAUCAGGAAAAUGGUGUCCGCAGCUCGGUGGGGGAAGAAUUCAAAGUGACAACUCGUUGUUGAUUCAAUUUGUGUACACAUAGGUGUAAAGUUUAAAGAUAGGAACUUCACUCCAACAUGGUGUGUGUGUGUGUGUGUGUGCUCUCUCCAUGAAUAUUUGCAAGUUUCAUCAAUGUCAAUGAGGAAAUUUUGAUUUCAGAAACAAUGCCCACUAGUAUGAUUCAUGAACAAUUUAGAUGUUUUGUAGUGGGAGUUACACAAAACAGUUUUGUGUCAUCAUGAUAGGAUUAGUAUGAUUGGAGUGAUAAUGAUUUAUCACUUUAAUGUUGGGGGAAAUGAUUUAUAAACAAGUUAGAACUAGCAUGAUUUAUACAAAACAAAUUGUGUCAACCAUUGGAGUUUGGAUUGGGUAUAAUCAUGGAAGAUUUUCAUUUAACAGAUUCUUCCAUUUUCAGACUAGGAAACUGCCCAAUCAGGUUCUGUUCAUCACCGUAAGGUAUCUCAUCCCUAAAACUAUCCUCAAUUCCUCAUACCAGAGCUAGGCUUAAUGCAUAAUCUCUUUGGAAAAAAAAAAAAAGAGGAGUACUUCAUAAUUGUUUGACACUCUCAGCUUGUCUGCGAAUGCAGCAUUGACCUGUCCACUUGGGUUCUGAUCACUGUAAUGUAUCUCAUCCCUAAAAAUAU